AAACUCUUUGAUAUUUGAUAAAAAUAACCUAAGCUAAAAGCAAAAAUAUAAGUAAGUUGUGCAUUUUAACCUAAAACGUAGUCAUUACAAAUUCUUUGUUUUAACAACUUAAUUCAGAUCAAUAAGUGCAGUUUUUUAGAAACACGAGGAUAUAAUUUGUGACCUGUUUUGUAUACCUAUCUAAUGUCGACGCCUGAAGAGGUAAAAACAGUUACCGUAACCUCUAGUAAAAUGGAUUGGAAUCUCGAUUACGGCGCGCUAGCUCAAGACGAGGAAUUCGUUAACAAAUACGAAAGUCUCAAAGGAGCUUUGAUGGAAAUGCAAGAAGUUUUAGACAAGUUAUUGCCAAUGAGGGAACAUUAUGAAAAAAUGACAUUACCUGACAGGAUCGAAUUCGAUUUAUUCCUUGCUUACACUAUGAAUUCAUUGGAAUGGGUUCAUUUGAGGAUACUUGGCGUGGAUCCAACCACACAACCUAUCAAAGAUGAGCUUAAUCGAAUCAAGAUAGCGAUGAUGAAGUGGCAGGAAGUCAAAGACAAGUCCAAAAGGCCGACUAUGGAUAUAAAGGCAGCCAAAAGGUUUAUCCAAAGUGGCUUAUACGACAGAUACGCGGGAUACGCCGAGCCGAAAAAUAAAAAGAUAAAAUUUAGUGAUGAUGAUUAAACUUUUUAUGGGGCUGCCAGAUACUUGUGAGAACGGACACCAAAACUGGCAGAAAAUGAAAGCUGUGAUCUGUUAUACUUUAUGGUAACUGCCCAUAAAGAUUGGGGCAAAUCAAUUUACCAUACCAUGUAUAAUAUUAAUACAUACAUAAGUUAACUUGUGAUUAAAUAAAAACCUUUGAAAACA